AUGUCUGCUUUGCGCACCUUUGUAACCUCAUCCGGAGCAUUUGCUGUUCGUCGCCUUGCCUCAAGGACUACGCCCUCACUGGGCGUUAUUUCCCGUCGUGGCUACGCGGAGGCUGUAUCUCCCGACAAGCUGCAACUUUCGCUUGUUCUUCCUCAUGAGACCAUUUUCAAGUCUACCGAUGUCACUCAGGUCAACAUUUCUGCAGCAUCAGGUGAUAUGGGCAUUCUUGCGAGCCACGUCCCAUCUGUAGAGCCUCUCCGCCCAGGGGUUUUGGAGAUCAUCGAAUCUGGGGGACAGAGUCAGAAGUGGUUCGUGAGCGGAGGAUUUGCUGUCGUGCACCCUGGCAGCUCUCUCACCAUAAAUGCGGUUGAGGCCGCGUCCCUAGACAAGUUUUCGAUCGAAGCUAUUCGUUCAAAUCUUGCUGAGGCUCAACGUGUCAUUGCCGGGAGUGGUUCGGAGGAAGAAAAGAUUGAAGCUCGCAUUGAAUUAGAGGUCUACGAAGCUCUUCAGCAUCAUGUCACCAGUUAAAUGCAUAUUUGACGAGCGAUAACUAAACCCCAGCCACAAGUUAUGGACAAUAGAUUCGGCUAACUCCACUACAAUACAGUCACCCUCGUCGGACCAUUAACAAACACACACACGAAAUAAAACCUCAAACAAAUGCACAAACAAACCGCCACAACCGCUAUCUUUUCUUUUCUUUCCCCCUCUCUUAUCUCUCCCUCUUCAUUAUCUUUCCCCUCCCCACCAGCAAUUAAAUUCCUCGAUUCAAAGAUAAGACCCGGCCCCAAAUCCUAGCGACUAAGUAAAUGAAACAUGAAUGCCACAUACCCUGCGGAACGAGGUGGAAAACGACGGAGGAUGAAGGGAAGAUGCCCGAGAUACCAUAAAUUCUGCCCAUGGGGCCAUCCCAUGGUGAAGGCGACAAUAAUAGGAUCCAGAAUCG